AUGGCUUCAGCAGAUCAAGAGCAACGCACCUUACACCUCGUUGGCAUUGGAGUCGGUCACUCGAUCGCUCCGCCAAUGCACAACCAUAUUGCUCAAUCCCUCGGACUCCCAUGGACGUUCUACGCUACAGAAUGCAACACCCUUGACGGCCUAAUGGACCUUGCACGCAAAGAUACCACAGCAGGUCUGGUCGUCACAAUGCCCUGCAAGAACGCCAUCAUUCCUCGUCUUGAUGCAUUAGAUGAUCUUGCUGCCACCAUCGGCGCUUGCAACAACGUCUACCAAGACUGGGAAAAUCCCAAGAAGUUACGUGGAACCAACACUGAUUGGCGCGGUAUCAAGGGCUGUCUCCUUGAGAAGGGCGAUCAAGCUGGUGUACCUGUUCUGAACAAGCCAGCUUUGAUUGUCGGUGCUGGAGGAGCUAGUCGAGCAGCUGUUUAUGCGCUAAGCUCAUACUUCCAAUCCUCCAUUAUCUACGUGUUGAACCGCGAUGAGCAAGAAGUCAUAGAUCUCAUGCGCGAUUCCCAAAAGCUUUCGCCCGUUCCAACUAUCAUCCACGUCAAGGAGGGAGAAGCCCAGAAACUUGAGACACCAUACUACGUCGUCGGCACUGUGCCUGAUUUUGAACCCCAAACACCAGAUGAGCUUGCUGUCAGAGCCAACCUGGAGGAGUUUCUGUCUCGACCUGAAAAGGGAGUUUUGCUUGAUAUGUGCUUCAAGCCUAGACGGACGAGAAUGAUCAAGUUGGCGGAGCAAAAGGGCUGGCCUACUGUUGAGGGAACGCAUGUUAUUGGAUAUCAGAUUGAAGAGCAGUGGAGGCUUUGGGCUGGUGAGGAGAGGGUGAAGAAGCUUGAUAGGGAGGGAGCGUGGAAGGUUCUUAUUGACUCAGCUGAGAAGAGCCCAGGCAUUAACUUUUAG